CAUACAUCCAACAUAGGAAUUCAUAACUGACACAUCCAAUUUCACACACACACACACACGCGGUUCCUAUAAGUAGCUCGCGAAUCUCUCCCCUUUUUCUUCCCAUUGUCUCCCUCCUAAAUCCAACAAACGAUCUCUGCGAUCCAAGAGAGAGACAGGAGAGAGAGAGAGAGAGAAAUCCCCAGAUAAUAGUCCCUCAAAUCUUCAUUACCGCAACUUCUCUCUCUGCUCUACCAAGGUUUUACUUGCGUUUUUCCAAAUCCGCCGCCGCUCUCAAAUCCUGCCUUGUUUUUAUAUUCUCUCCGAGCUUAACGUGAUUCGAAGAUGGUGUUAUGGGUUUUCGGGUACGGUUCGUUGGUGUGGAACCCGGGAUUCGAAGUUGAUGAGAAAGUGAUAGGGUUUAUUAAGGACUACAGGCGCGUCUUCGAUUUAGCCUGCAUUGAUCAUAGAGGCACGCCCGAGCACCCUGCUAGAACUUGCACCUUGGAAGAAAAGGAAGGAGCAAUCUGCUGGGGUGCUGCAUAUUGCGUGCGUGGAGGGCCGGAGAUAGAAAAGGCGGCGAUGGAGUAUCUCGAGCGAAGAGAAUGCGAGUAUGACCACAAAACUUUGGUUGAUUUCUACAAAGAGGGUGAUGAUUCUGAACAACCCUAUGUAACUGAUGUGAUAGUUUUCACAUCAACCCCUGACAAAAUAUCGAAUAAGUACUAUCUAGGGCCGGCCCCUUUGGAGGAGAUGGCCGGGCAAAUCGCGACGGCCUUUGGCCCCUGCGGCAACAACAGGGACUACCUUUUCUUGCUGGAGAAGGCCAUGUUUGAUAUUGGUCAUGAAGAUGACUACGUUAUCGAGCUAGCUAACGAGGUAAGGAAGGUGCUUCUGAAUCUCAGCGGUUUGCUCAAGGAAAACAAGUUGUCGAGUUUGUCGCCACUGAAAAUGAAGGCUUCGCCCGGGGCAAUCGCCAUGGAUUCGCCGCUGAAAAUGAAAGCUUUGGCUGGAGCAAUCGCCGCGGAUUCGUAGGAGGUCUUAACAGAAGAAGAUGAGCAAAUUUCUCUAACAAAAGCAUAUCUAGGCAAAAGGCAAUUCUAUUGUUUUUUCAUUUAUUUUCUCUUAGUAUGAGAGUUCUACUACAGAAGAAAGCAUCGGCCAAUCCAUCUUUUGGCCGCAUGGAGCUUAACAUAUUGUUGUCCUUACCUUUUAACCUAAUUGAAAUAUUUUAACAUUUUCCACCA